CGGCCCAGCAAAGCCGGGCCGCUUGUCUGGCCGGCGGAGGCUGAGCGCGACCCUAGCCAGCCGCGGCGCCCGCCGACUAGGGGCAAGCGCGACUCCUGGGACCCCGCUCCGCCUCGCGCCCCCUCCUACUCCCCUAUUGUCGCGGGGACGCUCGGGCCCGAGCCGCCAGGGCGGCGAUUCUCCACCUCUUCCUCCCGCGGGGGAAGGAGCAGAGAAAGGCGAGCGGCGGCUCCGGGAGAGAGCGAGCCGAGGCCCCUGCUCCCCGGGCUCGGGGCUGGAGGAAGAGGCAGAGGCGGAGGGAAGUGCGCGUCACUCCCGGGAGGAGAGUAUUUUUCCUCCGGGCAGAAGCUGCGCCUGCCAGUUACGAACGAGCGGCAGCAGCGGCGGUGGCGGAGGGCUCCAGGGGCUCCCUGGCCAUGGAGAGAAGAUCAGGACCCGAGGACUCCAGGAGCCCCGCUCCCUCCCUGUGGACCGCUGUGUAGGCACCUGAGUUAACCGACGCCAAGCGGGGGAGGGGAAGUGACAGUGUAUCAUGUAUGCCACUGAUUCCAGGGGACGCUCCCCUGCUUUUCUCCAACCUCAGAAUGGAAACAGCCAUCGCUCGUCUGGUUACGUUCCAGGGAAGGUUGUUCCACUGCGUCCCCCUCCUCCUCCAAAGAGCCAAGCUUCAGCCAAAUUUACCUCCAUCCAACAAGAAGCCCGGGCGACCUUUGCCUUCUCCUCUGAAGAACGGCAAACCCAGAGAGAAAGCCGAAAGCAGAAGAGACACAAAAAUACUUUCAUUUGCUUCGCUAUUACUAGUUUCUCAUUUUUUGUUGCACUCGCAGUUGUUUUAGGAAUAUCCUCAAAAUAUGCUCCAGAUGAGAAUUGCCCUGAUCAAAAUCCUCGUCUCAGGAACUGGGAUCCAGGACAAGAUUCUGCAAAACAAGUUGUUAUCAAGAAAGGAGAUAUGUUCCGUCUGACCUCAGAUGUCACAGUGAAUUCUAUAGUCAUUCAGGAUGGAGGACUGCUUGUUUUUGGGGAUGACAAAGAUGGAUCCAGAAAUAUUACUUUAAGGACUCGUUACAUCCUGAUUCAGGAUGGUGGGGCGCUUCAUAUUGGAGCAGAAAAAUGCCACUAUAAAUCCAAAGCGACAAUUGCCUUGUAUGGCAAGUCAGAUGAAGGUGAAAGUAUGCCAACAUUUGGCAAAAAGUUUAUCGGUGUGGAAGCUGGUGGGACGCUGGAGCUGCACGGAGCACGGUCAGCGUCCUGGACGGUGCUGGCGAGGACCCUGCACUCAGCAGGCUUGGUUUUUGGGUCUUAUGCCUUUGAAAAGGACUUUUCCCGGGGCCUCAAUGUGAGGGUCAUCGACCAAGACACGGCCAGAAUUUUGGAAAUUGAGAGGUUUGAUACCCACGAAUACCACAAUGAGAGCAGGCGGCUUCAGGAAUUUCUAAGAGUGCAGGAUCCGGGUCGGAUUGUUGCCAUAGCUGUCGGAGAUUCAGCAGCCAAAAGCCUCUUACAGGAAACCAUCCAGAUGAUCCAGGACCGGCUGGGAAGUAAGCUGAUCCAGGGGCUGGGCUACAGGCAAGCGUGGGCUUUAGUUGGGGUCAUUGACGGUGGAAGCACUUCUUGCAAUGAAUCUGUGAGAAACUAUGAAAAUCACAGUAGUGGCGGGAAGGCUCUUGCCCAAAGAGAAUUUUAUACCAUGGAUGGGCAGAAGUUCUCUGUGACAGCUUACAGCGAAUGGAUUGAAGGUGUUUCUCUUUCAGGUUUCCGAGUAGAGGUUGUGGAUGGAGUGAAGCUUCAUCUGAUGGAUGAUGUUAGUAGCUGGAAGCCCGGAGACCAGAUCGUGGUCGCGAGCACGGACUAUUCUAUGUACCAGGCCGAGGAGUUCUCUCUCCUUCCAUGUCCCGAGUGCAGCCGCUUUCAGGUCAAAGUCAAAGAAACCCCUCAGUUCCUGCACAUGGGUGAGAUCGUAGAUGGUGUAGACAUGAGAGCUGAGGUUGGACUUCUCACCAGGAAUGUUGUGAUCCAAGGAGAAAUGGAGGACUCCUGCUAUGCAGACAAUCAGUGCCAGUUUUUUGAUUAUGACACCUUUGGGGGACAUGUUAUGAUAAGGAAGAAUUUUACUUCAGUUCAUCUUUCUUAUGUGGAGAUGAAACACAUGGGGCAGCAGCAGCUGGGGCGCUAUCCUGUUCACUUUCACCUGUGUGGCGACGUGGAUCAGAAGGGAGGGUACAGACACCCCACGUCUGUGGACGGCCUGUCCAUCCAUCACAGCUUCUCAAGGUGCAUCACUGUGCAUGGGACAAAUGGCUUGCUGAUAAAAGACACUAUUGGAUUUGACACACUAGGUCAUUGUUUCUUUUUGGAAGAUGGUGUUGAACAGAGAAAUACUUUGUUUCACAAUCUGGGACUCCUCACCAAGCCUGGCACCCUCCUCCCCACUGAUAGAAACAACUCCAUGUGCACCACCAUUCGGGAUAAAGUGUUCGGGAAUUACAUCCCUGUGCCUGCCACUGACUGUAUGGCUGUUUCAACUUUCUGGAUUGCGCAUCCCAACAAUCAUUUGAUCAAUAAUGCGGCCGCAGGCUCACAGGAUGCAGGUAUAUGGUAUCUCUUCCACAAGGAACCUACAGGGGAAUCCACUGGAUUGCAGCUGUUAGCAAAACCAGAACUCACUCCAUUGGGUAUAUUUUAUAACAACAGGGUCCAUUCUAAUUUUAAGGCUGGCUUAUUUAUCGACAAAGGUGUCAAAACGACCAACUCUAGUGCCGCUGACCCCAGGGAAUACCUCUGCUUGGAUAACAGCGCAAGGUUUCGGCCUCAUCAGGAUGCAGACCCUGAAAAGCCCCGUGUUGCUGCUCUAAUUGACAGGCUCAUCGCUUUUAAAAAUAAUGAUCAUGGAGCUUGGGUCAGAGGAGGAGACAUUAUCGUUCAGAAUUCAGCAUUUGCGGAUAAUGGAAUAGGACUGACCUUUGCGAGUGAUGGAAGCUUCCCAAGUGACGAAGGCUCUAGCCAGGAGGUCCUGGAAUCUCUGUUUGUUGGGGAGAGCAGGAAUUAUGGCUUUCAGGGUGGUCAGAACAAGUACGCAGGCAUUGGAGGAGUCGAACACAAGCCUCGGACGUUACCUAGGAACAGGACAUUUCCAAUUAGAGGCUUUCAGAUUUAUGAUGGGCCCAUUCAUCUCACCAGGAGCACUUUCAAAAAAUAUGUGCCAACUCCAGACAGGUACAGCAGUGCAAUUGGCUUCCUCAUGAAGAAUGCCUGGCAGAUCACCCCCAGGAACAACAUCUCCCUUGUGAAGUUUGGUCCACACGUCUCUCUGAAUGUCUUCUUCGGAAAGCCCGGCCCCUGGUUUGAAGAUUGUGAGCUGGAUGGCGAUAAGAACUCCAUAUUCCACGACAUUGAUGGCUCUGUGACAGGAUACAAGGACACUUACGUGGGAAGAAUUGACAACUACCUGAUCCGCCACCCAAGCUGUGUGAACGUUACCAAGUGGAAUGCCGUGGUCUGCAGCGGGACCUAUGCCCAGGUCUACGUACAGACCUGGAGCACCCAGAAUCUUUCUAUGACCAUCGCUCGGGAUGAGUAUCCGGCCCACCCGAUGGUGCUGCGAGGAAUUAACCAGAAAGCUGCCUUUCCUCAGUACCAGCCUGUGAUCAUGCUGGAGAAGGGCUACACCAUCCACUGGAAUGGGCCGGCGCCACGGACUACUUUUCUAUACCUCGUAAACUUCAACAAGAAUGACUGGAUUCGGGUUGGCCUCUGCUAUCCGUCAAACACAAGUUUUCAGGUUACCUUUGGCCUUUUGCAGCGGCAGAAUGGUUCAUUGUCCAAAAUAGAAGAAUAUGAGCCUGUGCAGUCCCUGGAAGAACUGCAGCGGAAGCAGUCUGAACGGAAAUUCUAUUUUGACUCCAGCACAGGGUUAUUGUUUUUGUAUCUCAAAGCCAAAAGCCACAGAGACGGCCAUAGUUACUGUUCAUCUCAGGGAUGUGAAAGAGUCAAAAUCCAGGCAGCAACAGACUCAAAAGACGUCAGUAACUGCAUGGCCAAAGCGUACCCACAGUACUACAGAAAGCCAUCAGCGGUCAGGCGGAUGCCGUCCAUGCUCACCGGCCUCUGUCAAGGCUGUGGGACCCAGCAGGUGGUGUUUACUAGUGAUCCUCAUAAAAGCUACCUCCCUGUGCAAUUCCAGUCCCCCAGUAAAGCAGAAACUCAGCGCGGAGACCCAUCUGUUAUUUCAGUCAAUGGCACCGACUUCCCCUUCCGGAGUGCAGGUGUCCUCGUCCUGGUUGUGGAUGCAUGCAGCGUUCCAUUCCGGUUGACAGAGAAAAAGUUUUUCCCUCUCGUUGAUGUCAGUCUCUUGGAAGAGUAUUUAAAAACAGGCAUCCCUCCAAGGUCAGCUGUUUUGUUGAGCACAAGAGGAGAAAUAAAACAGUCAAACAUUUCAGACUCAUUAGUACCUCUGGGAUUAGCCAAACCGGCUCAUCUUCAUAACAAAGGGAGUACCAUAUUCGUGGGAUUCAGCGGAACCUUUAAACCAUCAUGGACUAAGCUAUUUACCAGUCCUGCUGGACAGGGCCUUGGGGUGCUUGAACUGUUCAUACCUUUGCAGCUGGAUGAAUAUGGGUGUCCCAGAGCCGGCACUGUUCGCAGAAGAGACCUGGAAUUGUUGAAACUAGCUUCAAAAGCACAUUAGAGACUAACUGUAACUUAAGUGCUGGGAAGAUAAAAAAAUGUGAACUAACUUAUUUAAUUUAUGGCAUUUUAAAAUGACACUGUUAACCCAAUGGAACCAUUUUCCUGUUUGAUACAGAAAGGGGAGAAAAGAGUAGAGAGUCCUUGCUUGAAUACCAGCUCAUGCACCUUCUAGUUGUACAAAAUGUCGGAGAGAUUAUUUGUGUCUGUAAGGCUGGCCUGUUCAGAGAGCAGUUCUCUCAGGCCUCCCCUUCCACCUCAGUGUUUUGUAAUGACCACACGUAGUGUUUUACUUGUUGUAUAGUGGUGGGGGUUGGGGGGGUCUCUGAGAGUCGGCCUGAAGUCUUAGCGGACCUGCUAUUGUAGCACCUUGGAUACUUGAAGUCUAAUGCUCAGUUGUGUCGGGCAGCAGUUGACUUGGUGGCUGGCAAGUUCAGCGACACCUGGGGCCCUGUUUCUGGGCAGCCUUUGAGGAUUUUCUAUGAUAAUGAAUGAUAAAGUUUUAAGUGGCAACUCAGGCCCAGCUCAUGCCCUUUUUUGCCUGGACAUGUGCUAUUUCUACCAUUUAUAUAUUGAUUACUUCUAAGGGUUCAACUUUGAGAUGGGAAAUUUGUUGGGGCAAAAGUGCUCAUAGGGAUUAGAAAUCUCUUUACUCCGUGACCAUUGGGCAAAAAAUUGACCUGUACCAAAGGUCUGGGGUUGUGGGCACCACUUUUGCAGCUUUAAUCCUUAGCCUGUUUUGACUGUAUAUUUGUGUUUAAAAUGCAGAGCUGAGGUGAAUAUUGACUCUUUUUUUUUUUUUUUUUUUUUUAAGAAGCAGGCCCUUUUCCUGAACUAUAAACUUGUGUUGUUGAACCUUGCACAAAGGAAGUCUGUUCUUGGUGUUGCUCUUGCACCUGGGCUUUUGUUAUCGUUUUUCAUGUGUGGAUAUUUUCUUAAGCUUUUCUGUUAACCAUCCUGCCAGGAGAAUCCCAGAAAGCUUAAUGAUACUUCAAAAUGAUUGUACCCAGGCAGGGACGAAAGGAGAGCCUUCCAAGGGCCAGAACCAUUGAGGUUCAAAAAUGAACCUCUUUAUAGCCUUAAAGGAGUGAGUGAAUCACUCUUAAUGAAAUUGUUCAAGCUAAUUAAAAAGGUGCCGUGCUGCCCAAUUUCCCUUUCCUCUGGGUGCGUGUGUCUCCUACCAGUGCAAAUUGCUUGUGGCCAAAGGACAUCGCCUCCAUCCCCUGGAAUGCUGCCACGCGAAGAGGAAAGAAGCAUCAAAAUACCUUCAUGUUUUUCUAAACCCACAAUCUGUAAAGUGUGGUGGAGGGACGGCCUAUGGGAGGUGACAAGGGGCGUUUGGGCUGGCAUCGGCAGUGAGUGUGGACAAAUUCACUUUGCUCUACCAAGGGCAGAGGCUGAUACGGCCUGUACCGUUGUGUCCAGGAGAAACUGCAGAGUAGCUCUGUGUUUUCUUCUACCUUACAAAUAUGCUACCUCAAAGUGCUACCGAUAAACCUUCCUGACUGUAAGUGCUCUUGCUGAGGGCACGUGUCUUAAUCAAAAUUGGGGUUUUUGUUUUGGGGUUUUUUUUUUUUUUUUGCGUGUGUAUAUUGAUGAAUGAGAUCUUACCUAUUAAAUAUUUUAUUGGAUCAUGGUUCCUGAAGGUGAUGAAAGUUUGUGUGUGUGUUUUAUGACUUAAAUAUCUUUUAUGUGUGUUUUUUAGAGUUUGAUUCUUUAAAGAUUUGGAGAGGCUGUAUAAGUUGCCAAGGCGCUCGGGGUGUUCCUGUUUUAUAUACUAAUAAUCAGGGCCUAAGUUAAAUAAAUAAAACUAUGAGUGCAUGUAUUUCA